AUGGCUCUUCGCUCUCUCUUCGCUCUCGUUGCUUUGGCUGCAUCAUGUGCCCAGGCCGCCGCCGCCUCCGUUAUCGUCGAGUCCCGCGUCGCGGUCCCUGCGCAGGACUGUAUCAGUUUCGAGAAGUACAUCGGCAUGCAUAACAACCCGACCAUUUACAGCUCGGGGUGUGCCUCCGUGACUAGCUCCUGCCUCCAGGAGAAUGGUACCAGCAUCUGGAGUCAUGUCCAAUGUGUCGCGGCCGCCGCGUGCCAAGGCACCUCCUCCGUCAUCACGCUCAACCAGUGCCAGAACCCCAACGUUAAGGUUGCCGCCGCGAUUCCAAACUUAUCUGGCGCUAUUUGGAGCAGCAUUGUCGGCUCCAGCAGCGACUCCAUGACGCAGCAGAACUUCAUCGACUUCGUGUAUGCGGCCAUGUCGACGGCGAAUGUUACACAGUGGCCACAGGUCGAUGAUGUGGCCAAGUUCUGGUGGGAGCCCAUUCUUGACUGGACGGCCACGGGGAGCACCGUUCCGUAUAAGAAUUUUAACGAUUGGCUCCACUUUUCGAGCUCCUGA